CGGAGCAAGCGCACCCGCAACGCCUAUAGCCGGUGCCGGCGUGGCCGGGAUACUCCGAUCGCCGGUGAAAGAAUUGGAGAUUUUGGCUUUGGAGGACAGAGCUUGAGGACUAAAAUUCGUCAUCGUAUUGUUUCGAUUUUCGCUUUAAGAUACGAAAAGGUGAAAAGGAGGAAGCACGAGAUUGUCCUGUCAUUUAGUUUUGUCCUAACAAUGGCAUCAUUAUCGAGUGGAAGCUUCUUAGAACCGGCUCUAGACAACAUCACCCGAGACGGGUCCCCUUCCCCAUACCCCAACCGAAUAAUCGUAGUUGCAGAUACGCUUCCUCUGCACGCUCGAAAGGACCUUGAGUCGAGCGAGUGGCACUUUACGCUCGAUGAGGAUUCUCUACUCCUUCAGAUGAAAGACGGUUUUCAUCCCGAAACCGAGGUCCUAUAUGUCGGGUCCCUAAAGGCCGAGGUUUCGCCAGACGAGCAAGAAAUGGUUGCUGAAACGUUACUCGACGAGUUCAAGUGUGUCCCCACUUUUCUCCCACCUGAAAUCCAAGAAAAGUACUAUCACGGGUUUUGCAAGCAAUAUUUGUGGCCUCUCUUCCAUUACAUGCUCCCGAUGUGCCUUGACCAUGGGGAUCGGUUUGACCGCCAGCUGUGGCGGGCUUACGUGUCAGCCAACAAGAUUUUUGCCGACAAGAUAACCGAGGUCCUCAACCUAGACGAGGAUUUCGUUUGGGUUCACGACUAUCAUCUCAUGGUCCUCCCGACUUUCUUGCGUAGACGGUACAAUCGGGUUCGAGUCGGUUUUUUCCUCCAUAGUCCUUUCCCCUCAUCCGAGAUCUACCGAACCCUUCCCGUCCGCGACGAGAUUCUCAAAGGACUCCUCAAUUCCGACCUGAUCGGUUUCCACACAUUCGAUUACGCUCGUCACUUCCUUUCGUCGUGCGGCCGCAUGCUUGGCCUUGACUACAAGUCCAAGCGGGGCCACAUCGGGCUCGAUUACUUUGGCCGCACGGUUUACGUGAAAAUCCUCCCCGUCGGGAUCCACAUGGGCCGGCAGGCGACCGUCCUCAACCUUCCCUCCACGCUCGAGAAAAUCGAGGAGAUACGGAAAAAGUUCGAGGGCAAAACAGUAAUUCUUGGCGUCGACGACAUGGAUAUCUUCAAAGGCAUAAGUCUCAAAAUGCUCGCGUUCGAGCGUCUCCUCCGUGAGAACCCCGUUUUCCGGGGGAAGGUCAUUUUGGUCCAAAUCGUGAAUCCCGCGCGGAGCUCCGGAAAGGACGUCCGCGAAGCCCAAAACGAGACCUACGCCACCGUAAAAAAAAUAAACGAGACGUUCGAAAUGAGCUCCGCGGGUUACGAGCCGGUCGUCCUUCUCGACCGAUACUCCCCGAGUUACGAGAAAACCGCGUAUUACUCGAUCGCCGAGUGUUGCGUAGUGAAUGCGGUUCGAGACGGGAUGAACCUUGUCCCUUACAAAUACGUCGCGUCCCGGCAAGGCUCGUCGGUUUUCGAGAACUCCGGCCGGCCGCCGACGAGCGUGCUCGUUGUCUCCGAGUUCAUCGGUUGCUCGCCGUCGUUGAGCGGGGCGAUUCGGGUCAACCCGUGGGACGUCGAGUCGGUGGCCGAGGCGCUUUGCUCGGCGCUCGUGAUGAACGAGGCGGAGAAGCGGAUAAGGCACGAGAAACACUUCCGUUUCGUGAGCUCGCACGACGUGGCGUAUUGGGCCCGGAGCUUCGUGUGGGACUUGGAGAGGGCGUGUCGGGAGCAGCAAGGGAAGCAAUGCUGGGGAAUCGGGUUCGGGCUGAGGUUUCGGGUUGUGUCACUUUCGCCAGGCUUUGGGAGGCUGAGUGCGGGCCGGGCCGGGCCCGCGUAUGAGAAAGCGGGCCGUAGGGUGAUAUUCUUGGACUAUGAUGGGACGGUUGUGUCACAAUCGUCGAUGGUUAGGUCACCGGAUCGCGAGGCGGUGAAAGUCCUCGUCGAUUUGUGUAGCGACCCGAGAAAUACGGUGUUUAUCAUUAGCGGGAGGGGACGGGACUCGCUUAGUGAGUGGCUUGCGCCAUGUGGCGAGCUGGGAUUGGCUGCCGAGCAUGGGUAUUUUAUAAGGUAUAUUCGAUUUUUUUUAUUUUUAUUUNCUCUUUCUGUUGUUCUCUUGUUCCAGCUACAUUAG